AUGUUGAUGAAAUACCCAAAUGUUAUGGUCCUGCUGGCCGAUUCGGUGGGAAUGAUACUUGAUACAAACUUCGUAUAUGCGACAACAGUAUACACAACAGCUGCGAGACUUGGUGACGACGUUCCGGGUUCCCGUCCUACUCAUGCAGAGGAGGACAAGGUUAAACAUACCAUGAGGCGCUUUCAUAUGGCGCGAGGUGUCAAGCUUCUCGAGACGAUUUUUCGGGCUAGACUGAAUGUUGGAAUGGAGGAGCAAUUUCCCAAAAAAGAGAAAUUUAAGGCUUGGGAGCUGCAGUCAAUCAACUCGUGGAGUUUGGACGAGGACAUCAACAAGCUGCAGGGACUCUUCUCAUUGGGAGACAUGCCGGCCAAGGAGAAUUACAACAAGAUCCAUCGCAGUACGGUUAAAGCACAGCUUAAUCAACUGGAUGAGGCUCAUGAUGAGGUUGAAGAUGAUGAUUUGUUUGGAGACGAUGAGGUUGCGGAUGACGAAAUCAUUAGUAUUUGA